GGACUGGAGGGCCGCCGCCUCCCCGGCUCCCACCGAGGUCCCCCGGGGAGGGGUUCCCGCGGUGGGAGUCCUGUCCCUUUAAGGAGGCGGCCCUGCCUGGGUGUGCCUGGUCGCCAUGGUUACCCCGGUGCAGGCGGCGGGCGCCCCAGGGAGGGAGGCUGCCGCUUCUCCCCGACAGACGGAGGGAGCUGCGGGGACCCGGCGCCCAGCCGAGCCCGGGGCGGGAGCCGCGCUGCAGCCGGAGCCGGAGCCGCGGCCGCCGUUGCGAGCGGAAGGUGCCUGGAGCGCAGCCGGAGCCCGGGGUCCGCGGCGGCCGGGGCGCGAGGGGCCGCGCGCCAUGCCCCGGGCCCCGAUGGCGGGGACGGCCCCUGGCGCGCGCGCGGCCGGCGGGGCCUGCGAGCCCGGGACGGGCGCCGUCCCCCGGCAGCUGCGGUGAGGGGCGCGGGGCCCGGCGGGGGGCGGCCGAGCGGGGCGCCCUCCUCCCGCCCUGAGUCCCCGCGCCCCGGAGGGAUGGGGCGGGCGGCCGCGGCCGCCUAAGAUGCCGGCCAUGCGGGGGCUCCUGGCGCCGCAGAACACCUUCCUGGACACCAUCGCCACGCGCUUCGACGGCACGCACAGUAACUUCGUGCUGGGCAAUGCCCAGGUGGCGGGGCUCUUCCCUGUGGUCUACUGCUCUGAUGGCUUCUGUGACCUCACGGGCUUCUCCCGGGCUGAAGUCAUGCAGCGGGGCUGUGCCUGCUCCUUCCUCUAUGGGCCGGACACCAGUGAGCUCGUCCGCCAGCAGAUCCGCAAGGCCCUGGACGAGCACAAGGAGUUCAAGGCCGAGCUGAUCCUUUACCGGAAGAGUGGGCUCCCGUUCUGGUGUCUGCUGGAUGUGAUACCCAUCAAGAAUGAGAAGGGGGAGGUGGCCCUCUUCCUGGUCUCUCACAAGGACAUCAGCGACAUCAAGAACCGAGGGGGCCCUGACAAAUGGAAGGAGACAGGUCGCCGGCGCCGAUACGGCCGGGCAGGAGCCAAAGGCUUCAAUGCCAACCGGCGGCGGAGCCGGGCUGUGCUCUACCACCUGUCCGGGCACCUGCAGAAGCAACCCAAGGGCAAGCACAAGCUCAAUAAGAAGGUGUUUGGGGAGAAGCCAAACUUGCCUGAAUACAAAGUAGCCGCCAUCCGGAAGUCCCCUUUCAUCCUGCUGCACUGCGGGGCGCUGAGGGCCACUUGGGACGGCUUCAUCCUGCUCGCCACCCUCUACGUGGCUGUCACGGUGCCCUACAGCGUGUGCGUGAGCACAGCCCGGGAGCCCAGCGCCGCCCGCGGCCCCCCCAGCGUCUGCGACCUGGCGGUGGAGGUCCUCUUCAUUCUCGACAUCGUGCUGAACUUCCGGACCACUUUCGUGUCCAAGUCCGGCCAGGUGGUGUUCGCUCCCAAGUCCAUUUGCCUCCACUACGUGACCACCUGGUUCCUGCUCGACGUCAUCGCGGCCCUGCCCUUUGACCUGCUGCAUGCCUUCAAGGUCAACGUGUACUUCGGGGCCCACCUGCUGAAGACGGUGCGGCUGCUGCGCCUGCUGCGCCUGCUCCCGCGGCUGGACCGCUACUCGCAGUACAGCGCCGUGGUGCUGACCCUGCUCAUGGCCGUGUUCGCCCUGCUCGCCCACUGGGUGGCCUGCGUCUGGUUCUAUAUCGGCCAGCAGGAGAUCGAGAGCAGCGCGUCUGAGCUGCCCGAGAUAGGCUGGCUGCAGGAGCUGGCCCGCCGCCUGGAGACCCCCUACUACCUGGUGGGCCGGAGCCCGGGCGGAGCGAACAGUUCCGGCCAGAGUGACAACUGCAGCAGCGAGGCCAACAGCACGGGGCUGGAGCUCCUGGGCGGCCCGUCACUGCGCAGUGCCUACAUCACCUCCCUCUACUUCGCGCUCAGCAGCCUCACCAGCGUGGGCUUCGGCAACGUGUCUGCCAACACGGACACGGAGAAGAUCUUCUCCAUCUGCACCAUGCUCAUCGGGGCCCUGAUGCACGCAGUGGUGUUUGGGAACGUGACGGCCAUCAUCCAGCGCAUGUACGCCCGCCGCUUUCUGUACCACAGCCGCACCCGCGACCUGCGCGACUACAUCCGCAUCCACCGCAUCCCCAAGCCCCUCAAGCAGCGCAUGCUCGAGUACUUCCAGGCGACCUGGGCCGUGAACAACGGCAUCGACACCACAGAGCUGCUGCAGAGCCUUCCUGAUGAGCUUCGGGCAGACAUCGCCAUGCACCUGCACAAGGAGGUCCUGCAGCUGCCGCUGUUCGAGGCGGCAAGCCGGGGCUGCCUGCGGGCGCUGUCCCUGGCCCUUCGGCCCGCCUUCUGCACGCCGGGCGAGUACCUCAUCCACCAGGGCGACGCUCUCCAGGCCCUCUACUUCGUCUGCUCCGGCUCCAUGGAGGUGCUCAAGGGGGGCACCGUGCUCGCCAUCCUAGGGAAGGGCGAUCUGAUCGGCUGUGAGCUGCCCCGGCGUGAGCAGGUGGUCAAGGCCAAUGCGGACGUGAAAGGGCUGACGUACUGCGUCCUGCAGUGUCUGCAGCUGGCUGGGCUGCACGAAAGCCUGGCACUGUACCCCGAGUUUGCCCCUCGCUUCAGCCAGGGCCUCCGAGGGGAGCUCAGCUACAACCUGGGUGCCGGCGGAGGCCCCACGGAGGCGGACACCAGCUCCCUGAGUGGCGACAACACCCUCAUGUCCACGCUGGAGGAGAAGGAGACAGAUGGGGAGCAGGGCCCCGCGGCCUCGCCGGCCCCCGCUGACGAACCCUCCAGCCCCCUGCUGUCCCCAGGCUGCACCUCCUCAUCCUCAGCCGCCAAGCUGCUGUCCCCGCGCCGAACUGCACCCCGGUCCCGUCUAGGUGGCAGAGGGCGGCCAGGUAGGGCGGGGGCGGAAGCUGGCCCCUCUGCACACCCUCGGAGCUUAGAGGGGCUGCAGCUGCCCCCUGCGCCGUGGAAUGUGCCCCCGGACCUGAGCCCCAGGGUAGUAGACGGCAUUGAGGAUGGCUGUGGCUCCGACCAACCCAAAUUCUCCUUCCGCAUGGGGCAGUCUGCCCCGGAAUGUAGCAGCUCCUCCUCCCCUGGACCAGAGGCCUGGACCCUGGCUAGUAACCUCAUCCUGCGGUCCACAGAGAACAGCCUGCUUACCCUCCCCCUCGGACCCAGUGAGGCGAGUAACACAGACAUGCUGGACAAGCUUCGGCAGGCUGUGACGGAGCUGUCUGAGCAGGUGCUGCAGAUGCGGGAGGGACUGCAGUCCCUGCGCCAGGCAGUGCAGCUCCUCCUGGCGCCCCACCCUCAGGCACCAGGAGAGGGGCCACGCCCAGCCAGCACCUCUGGACUCCUGCAGCCUCUGUGUGUGGACACGGGGGUGUCUUCCUACUGUCUGCAGCCCCCAGCUGGUUCUGUCUUGAGUGGGACUUUGCCCCACCCUCGUCCGGAGGCCCCUCCCCUCAUGGCACCCUGGCCUUGGGGUCCCCCAGCAUCUCAGAGCUCCCCCUGGCCUCAAACAACAGCUUUUUGGACCUCCACCUCUGACUCAGAGCCACCAGGCUCAGGAGAACUCCGCCUGGAGCCUAGCACCCCCGGCUCGCCGCCUCCUGAGGAAGAGGCGAGGACUGAGCCCCUGGAUCCUGGGAGCCAGGCCGAGGCUGCCAGCACUGGAGAGCCCCCGCCAGGGUCAGGGGGCCUGGCCUUGUCCUGGGAACCCCACAGCCUAGAGAUGGUGCUUAUUGGCUGCCACGGCCCUGGCACGGUCCAGUGGACCCAGGAAGAAGGCACAGGGGUCUGACUGCCAGCACCAGAACUCAUUGUUGCCAGAUAUGCUGCCAUCUGCUGCUUUGCCCAGCCUCGGGGUACAGGAAGGGUGGCAGCCAGCCCCAGGGACUCCGAGCUGCCUGCUGGCUCAGGGCAGGAGCCUGCGAGCCAAGAGGCCUGGCCCUGGGCUCUCGUGGAGGGGGGCUGGAGCCUCAGGGACAGGCCCCAGCUAGUAAUGCUCUGGCCCCUUCUUGUGGGUCCCCUCAGCCUGCUCCUCCGACCUCCUUGUCUCCCUCUGCAGCCGGGAGACAGAGGCCUGAGGCCAAGAAGGGAGGUUCUGCCAUCCCUGCAUGUGCCCUGACUCCCCUGUCCCACAUUUUUAUAUAAAAAGUAAUAAUGAAAGAAA